AUGAAGUGCAGAACAUGCAACGAGAUAAUUGAAAAUAAAACAGAGCACUACCAGAGCGCAGUGCACGAAGAAAACAUCAAAAGAAAGCUGAUUGGCCUGGACCCGGUGAAAGAAGUAGAAGCGAAAGAGAAGGACGCAGUCAGCGCAAAGCUGCCUGAGGGAAGAAAGAUGGAAGAGACUGGUGUAUACAAGCUAAAAGACAACGAGUGUCUCUUUUGCAGCCAAAUAAGCACAAACUACAUGGAGCAUCUGGAAACACACGGGUUCAAGCUGCUUCUUCCGCAGUACAUAAUCAAUGUAGAUGGUUUAAUUAAACAUCUGAAAGAGAAAGUAUCGUACUGCAUGUGCACCUGCUGCAACAAGAGGUUUUCGUGCAUUAACAAAGCAAGAAACCACAUGGAGUCGAUGAACCACAUGAACUAUAUAAACACGGAGGAGUACGACAGCUUCUACGAGUAUCCAGAAAAGGGCGUUGGGUAUGUGUCAGAGGACGGAAGCGAGCUGUAUCUCCCGUCAGGCCGUGUAGCUGGGAACAAAAAGUACAACAAGUACUACGCACAGACUCUGCGAGACAUUGAGUACUAUAAAAACAUGAGAAAGACAUACACACAGGUUGUUGCAAAAGAGGCUCCCAAACAGAGCGAAGAGGAGAAGAUAAAGAUCAGACAGUUUACCGAAAGAAUGGAAAGAAACAAGCUGAAGAUAGGAAAAAGCAACAACAGCCAAAAACACUUCAGAGAAGACUGGCUGCAAUAG